AUGGAGUUUAGGGUUUUGGAGAAGAAAGAGAGGUUCUUGUGUUUUCAAGGGAAAGGUGAAGGGACUUACCUUGGCCUAGAAAAGUUUUGGGCCGAUGGCCGAUUUUGUCGCGGUCGAGCGAUUUGGUCGGCCAAAUUCGUUUUGGCGAGAGAUUUCGGCCGAGGCCGAUCGUUUGUUUCCCGGAUCGACCGGCACGGUCGGUCCGUUCCGAUACAAAAUCGGCCGAUCGCGGCCUUUCUUUCCGGUUCGUGCGUCGCGAACGGUUUCUGUCGCGCGAUGAUCAAUCCGGCCGAGCACGAGCGUUCCUUCCCGGCUCGACCGUGGUCGGCCAGUUGA